AUGGCUGAAACCGAUUCCUUCCUUCACCUUGCUCGCCCUCUGGGCCCCAUGGCAGUGGGGUCUGCACCGACAACCGCCCCUCUGAAUGUUGGCAUCCAGCCUCAGGCCAUUUUCUCGAUCCUUGACCACUCUCUCCGUCGCAAUGCUGAUCAGGAGCGUGUCAUCGGAACCCUGCUAGGAACCAGAUCUGAGGAUGGAACCGAGGUGGAAAUUCGCAGCACCUUCGCUGUUGGACACACUGAGACGGCGGACCAGGUCGAGGUGGACAUGGAGUACCAGAAGCAGAUGUUGGCGUUGCACCUCAAGGCGAACCCGAAGGAGAUCCUGGUCGGUUGGUACGCCACUUCCUCCGAGUUGAACACUUUUUCCGCCUUGAUCCAGAACUUCUACAGUGGCCAGGGUGAUGGUACAUGGCCUCACCCGGCUGUCCACCUCACUGUGUCCACUGAGGCUGGAAAGGACAUUGAGACCCGGGCCUACAUCUCUGCUCCCGUUGGUGUGACCGCGGAGAGAGCCGCCGACAGUGCCGCCUUUAUCCCUGUUCCCUACGAGAUCCGAUAUGGCGAGCCCGAAAAGAGUGGAUUGGAGACCAUUGCUACCGCCAAAGAUGAAGAGAGCCGCGCUGCUAACAUCUUUACCGACAUUGAGGCCCUGGAGCGUGCGAUCGAGGAUGUGCUGGGCAUGAUUGACCGUGUUUCGAAAUACGUUGAGUCCGUCAUUGAUGAGGAGGCCCCAGCUUCGACAGCGUUGGGUCAGUUCCUUCUGAACGCUCUGGCCUUGGCGCCCAAGGUUGAGCCAGCUGACAUUGAGCGUGACUUCAACAACCACAUCCAGGAUGUUUUGGUCGUUUCUUACCUGGCCAACACCAUUCGCACACAGAUGGAUCUGUCCAACCGGCUAGCAACUGCCCAGUUGACUCUGGGUGGCGGAGAGUCCGGUGCCACUGGCGAGGGCCAGAAAGGAGGCCAACGAGGCGGCAAGGGAGGCCGUGGAGGGCAACAGCGCACUCAAGAACGAAGCGGCGAGGAAGCCCGUGCUUAA